AUGUUGACACUGGAGAGGGUGGCAGCUUUUGUGUCCCUGAUUCCCACCUUGUCCUUCCCAUCGGACGUUGGUGACAGUGGGGACAUGUGGCUCACCUCAGAGCAAUGCUUGGAACUGGCUAUGGGAAACCAUAUCAGUUUGGCAGUUCUGCUGUGCAACUUCUUUCAUGACCUGACGGUAAAUGGGUGGCUUCUCCUGGGAACAUCUGUCGUAGAGGGAGAGACCGCCUAUGUCCUUACUCAGGAGAACACUUGGUUUGUGUUGUGGAACCCCAGAGAUGGGAAGCACUACCAGUCAUACGACUCCUUCUGUCCUCUAAAGACUGUCGACUGUCUGGUCAAUGGUGAAAAUGUGUGGUUCCAUCUCCAACCAACAAGAAAGAUGCCCAUCACUUUUGACGUAUCAAAUAACGCCACAUGGAAACCCUUACUCCCCAAAGGAUUCAACUCGGACUCAUCCUCAACGCCAACAGAAAUUAAAUACCGUCCCCCUCAAAUUGAUCUGGUCAAUCACCUUCAAAGAAGGCUGGAGAUGAAACUGAAAAGUUGUGUGAUGGACUGGAGAAGCCCCCACCCGACACGCUGGAGCCCCCGCUGUGCAGCCAUGCUCUCGGAGGUCAUGCAGAAGCUUGAGAGGAACCCAGCUUCUGACACAAUAGCGCUAGAGAUAGACAGGCUGCUGGACACCAUGAAGGAUUACAAGGUGACUGGUUUCCCCAUUCAUAUGGCAUACCAAGACAUGAGCACAGUGAUCGAGGCGGUCUACAACACCAGAAUCCACAGCACUGAGAUCCCUGGGACAGAGUUUGCUCUCUCCACCUACAUCCACCCAUACCCCAACCACAUCCUGUCGGUGUGGAUAUUCCUGGCAACGCUGGUCAAACACCAGCAUGGCGUGUUCUAUGUUCCUUCAGUACACAAGCACUGAGACAACCUGGUUGUGUUCAUUAGGCAACAAAUGGAAGGAAACUGACAAAAUGGGGAGGGACUACCGAAAACCCUUUUUAUGUUAUACUUUUUUUUUUGCAUGCCCGUAUGAACAAAAUCUCUGCCUUUCAGGGUCAGCUUUUCCUAGUCGUUUUUCUACUGUGGGGAAAGGAAUGCAGAGCGAUUCAGACCAAGUGAUUGAAUCCACAAACCUGUACAUAGCAAAUUAAUGGAAAUACUGCACAAUAAAAUUGUCCAUAAAUAUGGCAGCAACAUGAA